GCGAGCAAACGACGAGGUGGGUGAAUCCGGCUGGGGGGGAAGGGGCGGGAGUGAGGUCACGUGCAUGCGCCGCGUUGAAGUGCAUUGUAUUGCGCCCCCUUUCGUCUCUCGCCCCCCUCGCUCUCCCUCGCUCGCAUCGCACAGCAAUCCGACAGGAAGCGCGUGAGUCAUGGCCAAGUCUUGGGCGGAGAGCAACAACUUCUUCUUGGCGAAAGACGCCAGCGUCUGCCAUGAACGCUCAUCCGAGUUGCUACCUUGCAUCCUUGAGAGCGAUCCAUGCAAUCGGCCGCUGUUGUCCCACCCGGCCAAUCUGCGUGUGGAUAUAUGUAGGAUGCUUUUCGCUCGCCACACGUAUAAGCGUCGACGGGAGGAAAAGGUCUGUCUUCUGGCAGGAACCUGUUAGGUGCACGCGGCCUGCUGUUUUCCUCUCACCCUCUCCACGGGAAACGUUUCCUGGGGAGGUUUCACAUACAUGGAGACGGUGGAGAAUACCCCCCACAUCGGCCGGUGAAAGACUGUCUCAGCGGGGGUUUCCAUUCUCCUCCCCGAGCCUAUCCCAAAGUCCAUCGCGGAAUCAUCCUUCAAACCCACAGCCAACGGGAGCACCCACCGCCCGCGAAAAAAAAACCCCCCACCCCAUCGCCCUCGCCAACAGCGCACCCGCAAAUCAUACAAGAAUGCCCGCCACCCGUCUAAUCCACCAUCUGCUCCUCGCCGUCGUGCUCCUCUCCCUCGCCUCAGGCCCCGUAACCCUCCUCCACCUCGUCCGUCGAAACCUACCCCGGGGCAAGAGAUACAAGGCGUACAUCGCGUUCAUGCUGGGCGGAUGGGGUCGGUGCCGUUUCUGCCGUUGUUGCUGCCGGAGGAGCAUACCGACGUUGUCGCGGCUUCGGUUUUGUGGGGAAUGGCGGGGUUUGUGGUUACCCUGUGGGUUCUGGUGUGGGUUUAUUGAGGGAAAGAUGGGGUUGGGAUGGAAGGAAAGUUGGGACGGGGUUGAAGACAAAGCCACCGGCACGAGAUUCACAUCGGGGGAGUUGGCAUGAAGCCGGAGAAGGUGGAACGGAUACGGAGGGGCGGCUCCGGAUACCGGCUUUUGUGGUCGGCAAAGGGCGGGAGGGGGGAGUGAUAUCUAGCGUAGCAAGCCGUACCCGUGCUUUCUUCUUGGCGGGCGGAGAGUGGGGAUACCUCUGAUGGAGAAAAUGUUAGCGUGAAGCGAAUGCAAUCUUGUGUGUUGAAAUCA